GGAGUUGGCGCAUGCGCACUGCGGGUAGGGGAGGACGGACAUGCCGAGCCGCGGCGCUGCCCUCUGGGGAGCAAAAGUUGCGGGUUACCUGGCGAGAACCGUGGACUUCUAAAACGUUAAAGAACACAAACCAGGACAUCAUGUCAACAGCAGGAAUUGCAGCACAAGAGAUGAGAGUCCCCUUAAAGAGCGGCUUUCUCCAUAACGGGCAAGGCAUAGGGAGCCUGAAGACCUGUUGGCCGGGCCACAGUGGGUUUGAAAAUUCGUUUUUCAGCAUGGACCCCGUAACGAUGGCCUACAGUCUGAACUCUUCGGCUCAGCAUCACUGUGGAUCCAUUGGGCCCGUUUCAAAUCCUCAUCUGGUAAAUGGCCACAGCCACGCAGAGACCAGCAGCAAGGCCUUGCCUCAGAAAUCCAGCCCGCUUCCGUUCAGCCCCCAAAGUGAGAGGCCUGCUUCAAACCCCAAAGACGACCCUAUCCCCAGCUUCAGCAGACUCUCGAUAAACACGAGCAGCCAUUGCAGUGAGACGCCUCCCCACACACCAGUGACAAGCGGGGUUCUCCUCUUCCCUCCCACGCCUUCUAGUGAGCGUGGUGCCAGGCCACUGCCUCCCUUGCCCGUUGCUAAGGACUUCCUGCACGACGACGUGGACAGGGAAGUGGAGUUCCUGACCAGUUCGGACACAGACUGUUUGCUGGAAGAUUGUGGCAACCCUGCUUUUAAAACCACCAGUCAAGGCAGGAGGAGCUUUCGAGGCUGUGGGCAGAUCAACUACGCCUACUUUGAUGCCCCAGCGGGGCCUAAAUCGCAAGAGGCCCACCCUGCAGCUCCCCAAAGCGCAUGCGCAGCCAGCGCCUGCCCCCCUCCUCCUCCACCGCAUCAGCUACACCGACGGUUGCGGCGCUCACAUUCCGGGCCCGCUGGGUCUUUCAACAAGCCAGUAGUGAGGGUAUCGAGCCAUUUCCAUCGAGCAUCUCCCACUUCUGACGAUGAUAAGCCGGAGGUUCCUCCCAGGGUUCCCAUUCCUCCCAGGGCGCUCAAGCCGGACUAUCGAAGGUGGUCGGCCGAAGUGGCUUCCAACGCUUACAGCGACGAGGAUAAGCCUCCCAAAGUUCCCCCGAGAGAGCCUCUGUCCCGGAGCAAUUCUCGAACGCCGAGCCCCAAAAGCUUGCCCCUCUACAUCAACGGCGUCAUGCCGCCCACGCAAAGCUUUGCCCCCGACCCAAAGUAUGUCAGCAGCAAAGCCCUGCAGCGGCAGCAGAGCGAAGGCUCGGCCAACAAGGCCCCCUGCAUCCUCCCGAUCAUCGAGAAUGGCAAGAAGGUCAGCUCAACCCAUUACUACCUGCUCCCGGAAAGGCCGCCGUAUCUGGACAAGUACGAGAAGUUCUUCCGGGAAGCGGAAGAGACCAGCUCGAGUGCGGAAGGGCAGCCUUGGAAUGGCGAACCCUCCCCGGCCAAGCUGGACUUGAAAGUCAAGGCAGAUGGGGCCGGCCACGUGAAACGCAAACACCUGUCUUGCGUGGUUUCUCCAUAG